UAGAUUCACAACCAAAAGUCAUGGUCAGCAGGUUUGAAAGUCAGCUAUCCCCAAUGAUGAUGUCAUCAUAACUACUUGUCAUGUCCGACACAGGCGAUAUCCCCAGCACCAUUGGCCAUUCCUUCUCACAAAUUGUUAGAGUUGAACAACGUGAAGAUAUCAAAUUACAAACUAUCUUUGUGGACGCAGCUGUCUUGGUGGAGGAAAUUCGGGUCAAAGAUUACCAACUCGGUGGUCGGCCUUCCUCGAAACUAGAAUUUUGUGGCAUUUCCUUAGCCCCAGAGCAACGUAGCCUAUUUGACAUAGACUCAGAGCCUGAGGGACACUCCCCACUCUCGCAUUCGAACGAUAUCGAAGAGUCCCAAUCACUGCCACCCCCACAUCUGAACGAUAUCGAAGAGUCCCAAUCACCACCCCCACAUCUGAACGACCUCUGGUAUGAUGAUGGGAGCGUUGUCUUGAAAGCCGGAGAUGACUUCUUUCGUGUGCAUAAAUCUAUUCUCAGCCAAAAAUCUUCUGUUCUUGCAACCAUAUUUCAACAUCAGGCAGAAAACACAGAAACACAUGAAGGGUGCCCUGUGGUCGCACUGAGAGAUGAUGCUGGAGACCUCCAGCAGCUCCUCCUUACGAUAUAUGAGACAUCGUACUUCGAGGACAACGCGCAAUAUUUCGUUUAUUUAUGCGCCAUUCUUCGGCUCAGCACGAAAUAUAAGAUCGAACCAUUGCGUGACUUGGCACUUCGGCGACUGAAGCGUAGCGUUCCAACGACACUCGCAUCUUUCGAUGAUCCAAGAUAUCAGGACGACCGCGCGACCGCGCAAAAAAAUGUCCUUGCGGUCAUCAACCUUGCCAGGGAGACCAACUGCUUGGAACUGCUUCCUUGCGCCUAUUACUACUGCUCCCGCUUGCCGACAAGAACAAUCUUCGAGGGUAAUGGUCGAGUUGUUCUAGCCCUACCAGACAUAACCAUCUGCAUCCUCGGCAAAGAUCAGCUUCUGGAUAUGCAACGCAAAACGACUCACCCGUUUUUAUACACACUCCCAACAUUGAAAUUUGGGUCUCGUUGCAAUUGUGGAAGUGAUACUAGGUCCUUGUUGGAAUAUUCGCGUUGCAUAAUUUGAUUCGCGGGUGCUGUGUGUUUUCACCUAAGACAGGAAACAAACUGCUCUUUGGGAAGGCACAGGUUAUAUCAAGUAUCUGGGAUUGUUCCAUCCGACCAUCAUGUCCGCUCCAUGACGUUUAUCUCAGCAG